ACCGCCGCCGCCGCCAUUGUGCGGCGCUGUACCCCUCGAAGGGUGCUUCUUAGGCGAGUGCUUGGGGCUCUUGCCCUUGCUUCUCGCUGUCCUAUUGCUGGAGCCCGGCGGGUCCGGGACUCCCGUCCGUGCCGGUGCGGGCGCCGGCAUGUGGGUGUGGGAGGAAGAGGGGGGCCUCCUGGGCCCCUUCUCCUUCAUACUACUGCUGCUCUUGCUGGUGACACGCAGCCCCUUCAAUGCCUGCCUCUUCACCGGCAGCCUCUACCUCCUGCUGCGCCUCUUCAGCUUUGAGCCUUUGCCCUCCCGCAGGGCCCUGCAGGUGCUCAAGCCUAGGGACCGCGUUUCCGCCAUCGCCCACCGCGGCGGCAGCCACGACGCGCCCGAGAAUACGCUGGCGGCUAUUCGGCAGGCAGCUAAGAAUGGAGCAACAGGCGUGGAGUUGGACAUUGAGUUUACUUCUGAUGGAAUUCCUGUUUUAAUGCAUGAUAACACAGUAGAUAGGACAACAGAUGGCACUGGGCGAUUGUGUGAUUUGACAUUUGAACAAAUUAGGAAGCUUAAUCCUGCAGCAAAUCACAGAUUAAGGAAUGAUUUCCCUGAUGAAAAAAUCCCUACCCUUAGAGAAGCAGUUGCAGAGUGCCUGAAGCAUAACCUCACUGUCUUCUUUGAUGUUAAAGGCCAUGCAAAUAAGGCUACUGAUGCUCUAAAGAAAAUGUACAUGGAGUUUCCUCAACUAUACAAUAAUAGUAUGGUCUGCUCUUUCUUGCCAGAAGUUAUCUAUAAGAUGAGACAGACAGAUCAGAAUGUAGUAACGGCUUUAACUCACAGACCUUGGAGUCUUAGCCAUACAGGAGAUGGGAAACCACGCUAUGACGCUUUGUGGAAACAGUCCAUGUUCGUGGUCCUGGACAUUUUGCUCGACUGGAGCAUGCACAAUAUCUUGUGGUACCUGUGUGGAAUUUCAGCUUUCCUUAUACAAAAGGAUUUUGUAUCCCCGAACUACUUAAAGAAGUGGUCGGCUAAAGGCAUUCAAGUUGUUGGUUGGACUGUUAAUACCUUUGAUGAAAAAAGUUACUACGAGUCCCAUCUUGGUUCCAGCUAUGUCACCGACAGCUUGGUGGAAGACUGUGCAUCUCAGUUCUAGACUUUUCCCCAGGGAGGAAACCAUGGGUACAGAGAUUGCCUGCUGGCCUUAAGCAGGGAUAUUGAAAAACCCUUUGUGCUAGCCCCAAGCCAUGGGGGAUCAGGUGGCCAGCCAAGCAAGUCGGUAAUUGCAUUUUUACCCGAACCAAAGCAAAACCUGGUGUUGUCACUGUGCUCCAUGGAAUGCCUGAGUUAAAUAAUGUUGCUUUUGAAAAUCUGGGUCUGCAGAAAGGCACAACAGCUGCUGCCCAGAUCUAGCUGAGGCAUAGACCGGAGACUCAGUGAGGAUAAGCACAAAUUGAGUUGUGCAGUUUGGGGGUGCAAAUGCAAAUGCAUGGGAAAUGCAUGACCAUUCAAAGUUGACAUUUUAAAACUUGACACACUUAGGUAAUUUACUUAAAAUAUUUGCAUUCAGCUACAUCAUCAACGUACUGUAGAUGUCAAACUUGUGAUCAAACUAUUAACAAUCAUUAAAAGGAACACUAAGGGAAAACUGCAUAUCAAGCAUCAUAUCCUAGGACAUAAGGAAUUUAAGGAAGUUGCUGUCAGCAAUCCAGUGACCAGGGGCAAACAGCUUCAGUGUGGUGCAUAGGUUGGGGAAGUGUUGGCACCAGCCUGAGGAAAUGUUUAUGGUACGUAUUUUGAAAUAACUACAGGCCACUAGGGAGCAGAGUUGCACUCUUUCAUGCUGCUCUACAACUGAUGAUCAGAGACAGUUCAAGGAUAUUAGGUAUCAUUUUACAUGAGAAAACGGAAACCUGUGGAAAGGAAGGGUCUUCCUCAGGUAUGAUACAGCUGGUGACACAGCAGAGCCUGGUCUUAGCUGACGUGGUGGGGCAGGGUACCAACUAGGGCCAACAGUGUGGUGGUUUAACACAUUAUCUUUGUUGCACAAAACUCUUAGAGGUAUUUGAUUUUUGCUGAUGAGAAAGCCGAGGCACUGUGAAGUUAGUCACUUACGCAAGGUCUCAAAUUUCUUGGUGCAAUUGGAACUCAAAUCCAGGUUG